AACAGGUCUCGUUAUGGUUGAAUUCUUUCGUGGUGCGAAAUCUGGUUGUCGCAUCCCGGUACAGCCCAACGCCAAAAAUAUCCAAUAUUAUGCAUACCAAGAGGCAGCGUGACUUGCCGGAAAAGACGCUCUCUCCGAUCUCUGGUUGCUUCUCGAAUCGAGUGAUGAGUUCAUUUGCUGCAUAUUGCCGAACAACUCCCCCGCACGCACCAAGUCUCCUGUCGAACAUGUGGCGUGCGCCUCUACCAAUCUUCUAUUUGCAUGACGGAUGAAACGGGACGGUGGCAUAUGUCCAGGUUCAAGAUCUACACUGCUGCUUUCCCCAUCGAAGCAACGCAACCAUCAAUGAAGACACCCAGACUGACGGUAGAUUUCAUCAGUGGUUGAAGUGCGGGAAGCCUGAGAGCUCACAAGUGCAACUUAGAUGGGUCGCCAUGCCUUGAUAUCUGCCGCUUCGAUGAAACAACGAGGUGAGGUGGUGGGGGCGUGCUGCAAGCGGACCAUUUCGUCGAGAAUUUCUUCAGCAUCUGAACAAAACUUGCGGGUGAUAGACUCGGCAGAAAUAUUGGCGUUUUAUUGGCGGUAGUCCGGAUUGGAAUGGUCAUGGAGGGUGCCCGGUCGACAUCUGCCAAUAUGAAUACCAGACCUCGCUCUUGGACAAAUCCGCUGCCCCUUCUCCUGUGUAUUCAGACAUAUUGUCGAGUUUUUCGACCAACUGAACCACCAGUGUUUAUCUAUAACCCAAUUCAGGACUCCCUGGACGGAUUGCCCGAACCAGCACCGAUGUGGAACCAGCAUGAUUGGUUUCCUUCACGAUGGACUAUCGCUCGCUCUCCAGAAGUUCCCGCACACCCAAUAGGGCUUCCACAGCAAGUUAUCCGUCACCGCCUGUUCCAAAAGUUGCCCGACUGGUCGACAACAUGUACCCUAGGGUCUUCUUGUGUGUCCGGCUGCCACGUGAUGGAUGGUGUGAGAGUUGGUGAUUGUUUCCUGGAUACUUGGGGGCCUUCUCGGAACAUGGCUAGAACAUGAGCUGGGCUGGCCAGUGGGUAGUUGAGGUGAGAUGGCCGUGUUGGAUGCUGUCGGUGUGUACAGGUAUGCCAAUCGCUGUCGAGGGUAGCUCCCUGCCCAACCCUAGGUAGUUUGUCAUCACUUCCGCUCCUGCGAGAGUGUCUUGCCCCGAGCCUUACUUGCCUAGAACACGUGUAAUGACAUGAACCGCAGUAUACCAGUUUCUUUUUUUCCGUCGUCAGUGACCAGACGACAAGCUCCACGACAACCCCUUUAUAGCCCAACCGUUUACCCUUUCCAUGAGGCUGUGGAUUUCGGAAAACAAAAGUCUUGACACCACCGGACCUUUUUCUGACUUUUGUCCCUAUCUCCAUCUAAAUGAUAACCCUGCCACAAGAUGGCCGAUCCUGCUCAAUGCAACCCCGAGGCGCAAUGUUGCCUGACUGAUGGCGCAGACCACCAAGGAGGUGAUGUGAACCCACACCACCUACACGACACACCUGCGGAUGUCGACUCCAUUGACGAACAAACCACAACCACAUCGACCUCUGGCGACGGUGAAGAGGUCCACGGCAAUUGUGUCAGCCCUGAUGACCCACCGCCACCUCUAGAAUCAUCCGGCAACUCUGCUUCCGUGGCUGGCAUUGCCUCCAGGCUUAAUCUCUCUAGCCAUGCGGCAAGCUCGUCUGGUCGAGCUUGGUCCAUUUCCUCCAGAUUGACGCUGUCUGACAACGGGGACGACAGCGCUGUUGGUGAUCACGGUACCGGCAUCGUGAUGUCGUUCCUGGACAGCGACAGAGAGAAUCUACCUUCCCGAUUUCUAAACCCGGCCUAUGAGAGGACCACCGGAGAGAGUCAAAACCGAGUUGCGAUCUUGUUGGCCGAUGAUGUUGCGGUACCCGGAAUCAUUCCACCACCGUACCUGUACCCGGCCGAGAUCGCGCUGGAGGAUCUGCUUUGA